UCUUCAGCCUCCACUUCACCACCACACAUGGCUCCCUACACCUCUCUCCUCCGCCCUCAACCUCACCCCUUCUCUCUCCCCAACCCUAACCUUAACCCUAACCCUAACCUCGUCACCAGGCACACCUUACUCCCUCUCCGCACUGUCAAGCUCAAGACCUCUCUCCCUCACUCCUCCACCGACCCCGACACCAAUGGAACAGCGUCGUCAGCUCCGCCUCCACUUCCUCCUCCGGCAACGGCGACGAAGAAGUCGUUUGCGGUUGCGACGGGGGAGUUGUUCCUGGGCCUGGCGUCGAGGAUCAUCAAGCGGCGGAAUGGAGCCCCGGAAAGUGAGACGGCGGCGGCCUCCGUUGCUAUGUUUGAGAGCUCCGGGAAGUUCUCCGAUGAGAGAAUCGGGAAGGUGAUGGAGGAUGAGAUUCAGCCGGGGGUGGUUUGGGAGCAGCGCGUGAAGGAUGUGGAGGCGGAGAAAGAGAGGCGCGUGAUUACCAGUCCCGGCUUUAGUUUUUCUGCGGCGGGGCUUCUUUUCCCUUAUCAUUUAGGUGCUGCUCAGUUCUUGAUUGAGAAUGGCUAUAUCAAGGAAACCACUCCAUUAGCUGGUUCAUCAGCAGGUGCCAUUGUCUGUGCUGUGAUUGCUUCCGGAGCAAGCAUGGAAGAGGCCUUACAAGCUACUAAAAUUCUGGCUGAAGAUUGCCGGAAUAGAGGGACAGCUUUCCGACUUGGGGCUGUUCUUCGAGAUGUUCUCGAAAAGUUUUUGCCCGAGGAUGCUCAUAUUCGGUCUAAUGGGAGGGUCAGAGUUGCUGUAACACAGCUCCUAUGGAGACCAAGAGGUUUAUUGGUGGAUCAGUUUGACUCCAAGGAAGAUCUCAUUAAUGCAGUUUUCACUUCUUCCUUUAUUCCAGGAUAUCUUGCACCAAGACCAGCAACAAUGUUCCGGAAUCGUCUCUGUAUUGACGGGGGAUUGACUUUAUUUAUGCCACCAACAUCUGCGGCAAAGACGAUUCGUGUUUGUGCUUUCCCAGCUAGUCGAUUAGGUUUACAAGGAAUUGGGAUCAGUCCAGACUGUAAUCCUGAUGAUAGGGCAAGCCCUCGAGAGCUUUUUAAUUGGGCACUUGAGCCAGCAGAAGAUGAUAUGCUUGACCGGCUGUUUUCGCUUGGAUAUAAAGAUGCGGCUGUAUGGGCCAAGUCCAACCCAGUUGAACAAAUAGUCGAAGAUGAUAGUUCCUUGAUUGGUAGUGGCUUAGCUCAGUAAGCAGCAUCAUUAGCUUAUCCCUGCUGGCCUUGAAAAUGCAUAAUAUUCAUGGUUAAUGCGAACUAUAGAGAAUCAUGUUAUGUCAUUUUCAAAUUCCACAGAGAUCAAUAUGAUGUUUCAUAGAAUAUUGAUAGUACAGUGUUUGAA